CAACCACAAAAAAACAAAGAAAUGUACAGGGUCAUUUCAAUAUGCUGCGUAUAAGAAAUAAGAUCAGACUAUUAAAUGUCUCAAUUCAAUUGUUGUACAUUUCUCGUUUUGUCGGGACUACAAAAGAUAAAUAUUCGAUUUUUAUUGUAACGAAUUCUAUUCUUAAAUUUAAAAUGACGUAUGAUAAGUAUAUAUAUUUACUUCCUGUUAUAAGUUGUGUAUUUGGUCAUCGGAAAUUUAAUAUUUUAGGCGGAUAUAUUUAGAACAAAAGCAAGAAAUAAUAGAAUGGAACAUUUUCAUUUGUUACCUUUUCAAAAAAGUUAUCAUAUAUUCAUGUUCAAUGAUAGAAAAUCCGAACUUGAUAGACUUUGGGUCAGCGAUGUUAUAAAAAACCUAGAAUAUUAUGGAUUUAAAGGUGGGUGUAUCAGUGAUGAUUUUGAUAUAGAAAUAUCCGUAUUUAAGAAUAUUCAGAGGAAAAUAAAACAAUCAAUAAUUACAGCGUUUGUUAUUUCGGAAAAUUCACUUAAAUCGAAAUCGUUCACGAAUAACAUGGAAAAUGCUGUGAUGCUAAUAACAGAGUCAGACGAGGAACACGCAAUGGUUCCAAUACUGUUAAAUGAUAGCGAAAUGCCAAUUUGCCUGCGUAACUACCAUCCACUAAUUGUGACUGACAGGAGAGAAGACUGGUGGCCAAAAUUGCUACGGGUAUUAGAAAAUCAUAUAUUAUGUUCUUCGAGUAGUGGUGAAUCGGACGAAGAUAUUCGGAAUUUGAUUGAAGAAUGUAAAAAAACUUUAGCAAUAAAAAGCAUAAAAAAGCAAAAGAAGUUCAGACAAUUAUGCAAACAAUCGGGCAUUUCUCAGUUUACAAGUCAAAUGGGUACGAGAACAAUGCAUGCAAGUCUUUUAAAAGGAUGUGGCGUGGAGAUUGUCGACCAAUGUCUAAUUUUGAAGUGGGAUAGAUUUGAAAAUGUUAUGAUAGAAAACCGAGACACACUAGUAAGCAUAGUACACUUUAAUCAAGCAUGUACACUCAGAGAAGUGGUCAUUAAUUUGACAGAAGAAGGACACGAUAAGCUUAUUAAAGGAUGUCCGAUAUGGCAAUCGAAUCUUACAACCUUUAUUGAAAAGUCUCUUAACUACGACUUUUACACAGGAAUUGAUGACAGAAUGACCUAUGAUGUGAAGUUUGAAGGACAUACAAAUUACGCGUUAUUACAUUCAGUAAAUAACAUUGUUCGAAAUCUAUAUUUGGAAAAUUUUAAAGCUCGUUGUUGUCAGUUGGACACAACGGAGAAAAGAAUUGAAACAUUCAAAAACUGGCCAUAUGACAAGCGUCAAAUUUUGAUAUUUGCUGAAGCGGGAUUUAUAUACACUGGACAUUUAGAUACCGUCACAUGUUAUGCGUGUAAUCAGAGCCUAUAUGGUUCAUCAAAAGAAGAUCGAGAUAGUCUAAUGGGACAACAUGUUCAGUGGAGUAGUGAUUGCUCUUUUCUGAAUAUUCAAACUGAUAGCAUAGUUUUAGAUUUGUUGAAGCAAAAGCGUCGAUCUCAGUCAAUAUUGGACGCCACAGAUUCAUACAGUCCAUAUGCAUGUGAUGACAAAAUGACGCUAAGCCAGAUAACUAGAACUAAUGAAAGCGCAAUAAUAGAGUAUAACUUAAACAUCAAUGGGACUAUGCUAGCAGAGAUUGGUUUCACUAUUGUGUCGCCGACCGAACCUGACGUCGGAGUUGUAUGUUCUGAAUGCAAUUACAUCAAAUAUGGAUUUAAAGACAUACACGAACUCGAAUCUUGUCAUUUGAUGUGGUCUGGAGAACAGUGUCAAUUUCUUAUCAGAACAAAAGGAAUUAAAGCCAUUCAAAUAUUCCGAGAGGAUAAUGACUUAAGAAUUCAAUACAAAUCUUCUGUUUCUUUCAAAACAAUAAUGAUCAAUCGGAACCAGUAAGAAUUUUGCCAUAAA